UACGACAACUGAAAAUCUAUUUAAAGAACUACAAAGAGCUAUUUGUGUAGGGACUAUCAAAUGUUCAAAGCCGGACUCGAAUCAGUACUGUGCCAAGAUGUAUCCGGAUUUGUUUAAGGAAUUAACACAAGGAAAUGAUAAAAUGAUAGCGGUUUCUCUGGAGUCUAAAGUAUUAUUGUCAAUAUUGUACGGGCUUAUAACCUUCAUGUCACUCGUUGGCAACUCCUUGGUCAUUGUUACAUUCGCAUUCGACAAGAACAUGAGAUCGGUUACAAAUGUCUUCAUUUUGUCCUUAGCGGUUGCAGACCUCAUGGUUACAUUAACUUGCGUGCCAAUUAAUCUUGGUUCCGCGUUCGACACUUACUGGAUAUUUGGACCGUUUGCCUGUAAGCUUGUACCGUUCUUCAUGACAUUCUCCGUGGCAUGCAGUUCACUCACAUUAUGUUCUAUAGCGCUUGACAGAUACGUUGCAAUUGUUCAUCCGUAUAAGCUGAAAUUUUUACAGAACCCUAAACCAGCUGCUAUAUUUCUUGUCGGGAUUUGGGCUUUGUCGUUCAUAUGCAGCGUACCAAAUGCUGUGUUUUAUACAGUGAAGAAAGUUGAAAAGAAAUGUGAAGACAAUUCAACUGAAGAAAACUAUGUUUGCGUUUGGCCAGAAAAUAAAUACAAACUACCAUUAGAACUAUGGUUAACAUUAGUCGUUCUUUUUAUAAUUCCGCUACUGAUAAUGUCAACUACUUAUGGGCUGAUUGGGUACCAGUUAUGGAUCAGAAAACCUGUUGGCAUGCGAAGGAACUCCCUCCGGAAUGCUGAUAUGAAGAAAAGUGUCAUAAAAAUGCUGGUUAUUGUAAUGCUUGCGUUUAUCAUAUGCUGGAGCCCAAUCAUGGUUUUAAACUCUGUGGAGAAAACAAUACAAUCAGUUAAAUCGAAAUCAAACCAGAAAACAGUCCUUUAUCUCAAAUUUUACUUUCAAUGUCUCAGCAUGGCUAGCUGCUGCAUCAAUCCCGUAAUAUAUACAUUUAUGAACAGAAAAUUUCGGAUGAAUUUUAUGACGUACCUUUGCUGUAGAAAGAAUCGUGUGUCGGAUGUGAAUAUUGUCAGUAAGGUCUCACGAGAUGUCAUUUUGAAAAAUAUUAAAGAACGCAAUGACAAUGCAGUGAUUAUAGUUCCGCGCACUUAA